CUGGCUCCCACCGGCUCCCAACUGGCUGGGAACAUGGGAGUCCCUUUGCCCUUGCUGGCAGGUGGGGUGGCUACCUGGGACCCCAGCAGGGCACAUCUUGCUUUCUGCUUCUGGGCUUUCUGAAAAGCUUCUAAGUCCUGGUACCUUUUGCAACUCUCUUCUGUUUUAAGGAUCCUUCCUAAAGGUUUGAUUUUUGUCUGGAAAAGCUUUGGUUGGAUAUUUUUCUCUGCUUUACUUCUUCAAAUCAACCUCCUCUGUUCACGGUUUAACUUUUCUUGUGACUUGUUUUAACUUGAGAUUGGGAGUGAAUGCAUACAUACGCACAUACAUAUAUACAAAUAUACAUUUAUAUAAAGACACACACACAUAUAAUAAUUAUUUUCCAAGAGCGCAUCUCUCGGGCACAUUUCAUUGAUACCUCUGUCCUUUACCUGUUUGGGAUUUGUCAAGAUCCAGACUCAGUGUUGCUGUGGAUUCUGGUUGCCUUGCACCUCGCACACGUUUAUUUCUUCACAAGAACUGGGUCUCCAGCACCCACUAAGAUGGACCUCUGAGUAACUGGGGACUUGGCCUGCCUCGCCUCCUGAGCUUGAUGGAAGAUCGGAUGUAGAUGAGUUGUUUAUAUGCCAUGAAGUAAUAGCUUACCACCAGCCAGGGUUUAAACUACUUUUUUCAGCAUCACUUCACCUGUGGACUCUUCUAAAUUUUGCUUCUUGGGAAAAAACUGGAGUAGAAGGAAGCUGUUUUUUAAUAAGUUAGCAUCCUUUCCCUCACUUACAAACCAAUGCAAAGGAAAAGGUUGGGACUCCAUUAAAUUGCACCUUUAAAUCAAAAUAGAAGAAGAAAGGGACAAUGGCUCUGAGUGGAAACUGUAGUCGUUAUUAUCCUCGAGAUCAAGGGGCCGCAGUUCCCAACUCUUUCCCUGAGCUCAUAGAGCUGAAUGUCGGGGGUCAAGUUUAUUUCACUCGCCAUUCCACAUUAAUAAGCAUCCCUCAUUCCCUCCUGUGGAAAAUGUUUUCCCCAAAGAGAGACAUGGCUAACGAUCUAGCCAAGGACUCUAAGGGGAGGUUUUUCAUUGACAGAGAUGGAUUUUUGUUCCGUUAUAUUCUGGACUAUCUCAGGGACAGGCAGGUGGUCCUGCCUGAUCACUUUCCAGAAAGGGGAAGACUGAAAAGGGAAGCUGAGUACUUUCAGCUCCCAGACUUGGUCAAACUCCUGACCCCUGAUGACAUCAAGCAAAGCCCGGAUGAAUUCUGCCACAGUGACUUUGAAGAUGCCUCCCAAGGAAGCGACACAAGAAUCUGCCCCCCUUCUUCCCUGCUCCCUGCCGACCGCAAGUGGGGUUUCAUUACUGUGGGUUACAGGGGAUCCUGCACUUUGGGCAGAGAGGGGCAAGCAGAUGCCAAGUUUCGGAGAGUUCCUCGGAUUUUGGUUUGUGGAAGGAUUUCCUUGGCAAAGGAAGUCUUUGGAGAAACUUUGAAUGAAAGCAGAGACCCUGACCGAGCCCCAGAAAGAUAUACCUCCAGGUUUUAUCUCAAAUUCAAGCAUCUGGAAAGGGCUUUUGAUAUGUUGUCAGAGUGCGGAUUCCACAUGGUGGCCUGUAACUCAUCAGUGACAGCAUCUUUCGUCAACCAAUAUACAGAUGACAAGAUCUGGUCAAGCUACACUGAAUAUGUCUUCUACCGUGAGCCUUCCCGGUGGUCAUCCUCACACUGUGAUUGCUGCUGCAAGAACGGCAAGGGUGAUAAGGAAGGGGAGAGUGGCACAUCUUGCAAUGACCUCUCCACCUCAAGCUGUGACAGCCAGUCUGAGGCCAGCUCUCCCCAGGAGACAGUCAUCUGUGGCCCCGUGACACGUCAGACCAACAUCCAGACUCUGGACCGCCCCAUCAAGAAAGGCCCAGUCCAGCUGAUCCAACAGUCUGAGAUGCGGCGGAAAAGCGAUCUACUCCGGACUCUGACUUCAGGCUCCAGGGAGUCGAACAUGAGCAGCAAAAAAAAAUCUGUUAAGGAAAAGCUCUCGAUUGAGGAAGAGCUGGAGAAAUGCAUCCAGGAUUUCCUCAAGAUCAAAAUUCCAGAUCGGUUCCCCGAGAGAAAACAUCCUUGGCAAUCCGAACUUUUACGGAAGUACCAUCUAUAGGGGAGGGGUGGGGGGUGGGGCAGGAAGAAAACCGAGUCACCAUUUUGAAAUAAACAAGGGAAAUUCAUAUUUUAAAGGAAAAAUGACAACUAAUGAUACACAUUUGUUAGAACACAAUAGUCCAUUGAUAUUCUACUGCCUACUUUACCUAGUUCACCUUAACAUGUAAAUCCACAGGGUAGAUUUCUUUCCAGAUGUGGAAGUACAAAAACUCUUUUUUCGUUGUUGUCUGUUUGUUAACUUGGUUUCAUGCGCUGAAUAUCAUAUAUAAUUAGAGUCAGCUACGGACCAGUAGCUGAGAGGUCUUGGGAGUCCUUUAUUUCCAACUGGGUUUUUUCUCUCUCAUCUUCUACCUCUCUCCUUUGAACAAGGACAUGGUAGAAAGAGAUCUGGCCCAAUGGAUGUGCUUGAAUUUUUAAAGUUUCGCUUUUUCCUUUGUUUAUGGGGUAAGGGGAGAAUGGCAGAUUUAUAUGACUUUUCACUCAAAUCUCUACGUGCCAGUUUAUACCGACUCCGUAUGCAUGAGUAUUUGUGCAACACAAGCACAACUUAAUAUGUAUAUACACACAAUGCACGGGACCCAGGGCCGGGGCAUCCGACAACCGAGCGCCUGCUCCCACAGCCCUGUCUUAGAGCACUUCAGACAAACGAGCCUUUGCCUCUUUCUUAAAACCCUCCCGGGAAGAUUUCCCAGCCUCUUUUGGCAACUCUUUCUAACAUCAGAUAACCCUCCUCUUCAACAAAUUGUCUUCCUUAUUUGGAAAUUAACACCCUCUGGCUCUUUGACUGGCUUACUCUUUCUCUGCAUUAGCAAAGAGUAGGAAGGGCUAGUCAAACGUUCUUUGUGUUAAGAAAACAUUCAUAUCCUCCAAAAUUACUACUCAGUGACCCACACUCAGCCUUCUCUACCCUGAGCUAAAUUAUCACCCUUCUUUCAAUGUUUUCAGAGUUUUCCUGUCCACAUUUUAAUGGUGUGGACUUUCUGCAUAACCUUCAUUCGAUUUUCUGUGUCCCUGUGUCAUGGACCUAAGAUCGACACACAUCACUUGAAUUGGGUCUGAUAUUUUUAGAGGGAAUUGUAUUCCACACACCUUCUAAUAAUUUCUCAUAACAAUUUUAAAUUGCAAUGCUACAUUGUUAUGGCCAGUUUUGCUUGCCUGUGAGAUUGAAGGUCAGCUCUUCCUAGAUGAGGAUUUAACUGUCAUUUCUGUGAUGUCUGUAACAAGCCUACUAGGUAACUGGAGCUCCAAAAUUAAGAUUUUGGCUUCUAAACUGUCUUUCUUGAGUACACCUUUGACCUGUAUAGACACAGCCAAAAGGGCACUGUCAGUAACCGGUCAUCCAUCCACCUGGUUCUGGAUUCUAUUAGCAUACCAACUGAGCUCUUUUGUAGACUUGUGCUAAAUGAAGGUUAAAAGGCCAGUUUUUAUUUUCAACAUUCGUCUUGAAUUUCAGUGGUAACUGAAAAAAUAAUUUAUUAAUUAUUGUGUGCAAGGCACUCCAAAUUAUUUCAUUAUGUGUGUGUGUGUGUGUGUGUGUGUGUGUGUGUGUGUGUUGUAUGUGUCUCUCACAGGUGAUAAAGGCAUCCAAAAUAAUAUAUGUAGUAAGGAAAAA